AACGCUCAGCGAACAUGGCUUGUGGCAGCCGUGCAGGGACCCAGGUUGAAAACAGCUUCCCUGCGAGGGGACUUUGGGCUACCGCGUUCCUGCCCUUUGAAAGUCUGACUGCCCUUGACCCUGGCAUUGUUUUGCGAGCUCGGAUUGCCCAACUUUCCGGCCGAUGCCCCAAGCACGCAGUGCUGACAAUCAUUAACCCCCAUGAUGGGGAGGAGUGGCCCUGCGCCCUUUAUAAGGUGCACGAGGCUCCCAGCAAGCACCAAGCACGGGCACCAGCUACCUCUGCCCAAGGGCACCUCUGUCUGUGAGCACCAGCUGCCGCUCCACCACUGACCCACCAGCGCCGGUGUCUGUCCGUCCACCACACCUCCCCAACCAUGCGUGCGGUCCCUGCUGCCUGCGCCUGGCUGCUUCUGCUCCUGCUGGCUGUCCGGCUCGGGGGCACCGCCCCAGCUCCCCAGCCAUGGCGGUGUGCACCCUGCUCCCCCGAGAAGCUGCAGCUCUGCCCGCCGGUUCCUGCCUCCUGCACCGAGAGUGCCCGGCCCACCAACUGUGGCUGCUGCCCAAUGUGCACGCUGUCCCAGGGCACUGCCUGCGGUGUGGCCAGUGCACGCUGUGCCAGCGGGCUCAGUUGCCGUGUGCUGCCAGGGAAGGAGCGGCCCUUGCAAGCCCUCAUCCGCGGCCAGGGUGUCUGCGUGCCCACCGGCAGUGACACAGAUGUGAUGUCAUCCUCUGAGAGCACCGACAUGACCCAGGAGGAGCUCCUGGAGAACUUCCACCUGAUGGCGCCUUCGACCGACGACACACCCAUUCUCUGGAAGGCCAUCGGUAAUUAUGUGAACGCCGAGAAGCUGGUGGAUGCCUCGAAGGGGCCCUGCUAUCAGCACCUGCAUGAAGUGCUGGACCGUCUGGCCGAGGAGCAGCGGACGUCUGGACAGCCCUACAGGUUCUAUCUGCCCAACUGCAGCAAGAAUGGAUUCUAUCACAGCAAACAGUGUGAGACAUCGAUGGAUGGCGAGCCAGGGCUCUGCUGGUGCGUCUACCCUUGGAGCAAGGACAAGAUCCCGGGGUCCGUGGAGGUCAGGGGCGACCCCAACUGCAGCCAGUAUUUCAGCAGAUAGACUGCGAGCGGGAGCGCCGUCUUCCAUCCCCUCCCGGGAAAUAUUUAAGUGCCUAGCCUAUUUAUACUCUGGAUACGACACGCUCUUUCUCUGUAUAUGUAUGUGUAAAUGAGCACGCGUGUGGCUGACGCUUACAGCUGCAUAUUUAUUCAAUGUACAUGUAUCCUUCCACACAGUCACGUCACUGUGUUGAUUUGUAUAUCAUGAGACAAGUUCACGUCACUGUGUUGAUUUGUAUAUCAUGAGACAAGUUCACGUCACUGGGUGUAAAUACUUGUAACUCCUCAGAGCUCCCCACUUCUGUCUCAGCAGAGCAGGGGGAAAUAUAGCCUGGAAAAUGCAAACGGAAA